AUGACGCACGCGGCAUGGAAGGCAUCCGAGGUGUCCAGUGCGGUUGCUGCCGCCGUCGCCGCCGAAGCAGCUGGCGGCAAUUCCAAUGGCGGGGGCGGGGCCGGGGGCCCACCAGCUAAUGUACCACACGGCAGGGAUAAGGACGGCCGCAAGCUCAUAUUGCUUCGCUAUUCUGAGGAUACUGUACGGGACAUGCGUGCCAACAUUUUAAGAGCUGGUGCCAGCAUCCUUGAGUAUGUGGCGUACAACACGCUGCUCGUACUAGCCAAGUCCGAUGCUAUAAGCGUAGCAGCUCGCUACAAUGCACUGGCACCACUACCGCCACCGCCGGGCGCGGACGGCAACGGCUCUGCGAUCGUGGUUCCGGAGCUAUAUGCCGUGACGGUCCGAUUGACUCCUACUCUGUCCGAUAAGGCCCGCAGGACGAUUGCACAGGCGUGGCCGGCAGCGCUGGCAGAUGCUUUAGGGAGGGCAGGGGCUGGCGACAAAUGUCGGCCCCAGGCCGCAUCCGAUGGGCUGUACAGCCAGGCAUCGCCCAUCCUCUUGGUAUACUUCUGCUUGCAGGACUACGAGCAAGGGGUAACUUGGUUGACUAGACUAGACACCGUUGUCUGGGUGGAGCCUUCACUCAAGCCGGCAGCGCGCAACGCCGCGGCGGGUUGGAUCAUGCAAACAGGAAGCCUUUCGAUGGACACUUAUAUCAGUCCUACUUCCGGUUUGCGUCCUUACUGGGCAGCCAACCUCCAGGGCCAGGGAGUCAUCGUUGGGCUGGAAGAUUCCGGCCUCGACAUGAGCCACUGCAACUUCAUAGACGACCGAUGGCGAACCGGAAGCCUACGGACGCUAUUCGUCGGGUCGCCGCCUCGUCUGUACCUGCCAUAUCAUCGCAAAGUCGUGCAAUAUAUGCUUCCAAUUAACUCUGGCAUUAACCGCUGGUUCGGGGAUGAGCCCUACGGUCAUGGAACGCAUGCAGCUGGCAGCAUUGCAGGCGCCGCCUUUGCCAGCAAGAACGGCUCAUUGAUAAACCAUCGUGGGACUGGCAGCGCACCGCAGGCGCGUCUUAGUUUCUUUGACAUUUCGCCCAGCAAUGGUAUAUUCGUGCCCAUGCCCCUGGACGACAAAGUACUGCCGUAUCAUUACGGAGCGGGUGCGAGGAUUAGCUCGUCCAGUUGGGGAUACUCGGGAGCUCUGGCGGUGUCGUACAAUGAAGCCUGCAGGCAAUUCGACGCGUUUGCUUGGCGGAACCCGGACUUCUUAACCGUCAUCGCUGCUGGAAAUGAUGGCGACAAUGGGUUUAUGGCCACGGUCACGGCACCCGGGACAGCCAAGAACGUUCUCUCGGUCGGCGCAACGAUUAACCACCCGGCUGGCUUCAGCGCUUCGCCGUACAACAUGGCAAUUCUGUUCCGCUACAGGGAUGCGAACAACACCCUGAAAUCGUAUUCGGCGGAAGGCCUGAACACUGUGGCUUUGCUGAGCAACAGCAGCUUGGUGAUCACUAACCCGCACAUGACGUUCUUAUAUUAUCCGAACGUCGACAUGGGCAUCAACAGCCUACCCUACUUCUCCAGUUACGGCCCGUUCACCGACGGCCGAAUCAAGCCGGACAUCGUUGCCCCUGGCGCCGCUGUCGAGUCGGCCGCAUCCGGACCGGGUAUUAGACCGGACGCUAACUCCAGCACUUGUUCGAGCUCCACCAUCCAACUACAGGGGACUUCCAUGUCAACCCCCCUGGUGGCUGGUCACCUUGCACUGGCCCGCCAGUACUUUAGGGACGGCUAUUACCCCUUGGGAAUUUCGCAGGACCCCGCUUCGGUUGGCUUCGAGCCGUCGGGCAUGCUGCUGAAGGCGGCAGCUAUUGCUGGUGCAAGCUCCAUGACGGGAGGCUUUGCGGGCAACGGAGGUUUCACCUUGGGUCAAGCACCGGAUGGCUACCAGGGAUGGGGCCGGUUCGACCUCAGUAGGAUGCUGCCCCUGCCCAAUCUUACACACCCGCUCUUUCGGGUUGCAGUUGCCGAUUUUGGUGUCGUGGACCAGGGUGAAUGGAUCUACCUGCAUGGCCUUGUGGCGACAGGAACCGGGCCGAUUGUUGCGGCACUCGUAUGGCACGACUAUCCUUCAAGCCCAGCCGCAAAGAAGAACCUUGUCAACGACCUGGAUUUUGGCUAUAUGAUCAAUACGACGUCGUACAUUCGUACACGUACAGAUAAUACCAACAAUGUGGAGAGGGUUGAGCUAUCCACAAGGGACGUCAGAGCUGGAGACCGGGUCUCGCUAGUCGUGUACGGCCGCAAUCUUCGGAGCUACUUGCUCUCUGGGGCGGAUGCUGAGCUGCCUCAGCGCUGGGCGGUGAUGGUUGCCGGGCAUUUCAAUGGCACGUUGAGGACCCCCCUAAACCCAGCCUACACACGACCUCAGAGGUUCCUGCUGAAAUGCACGGUCUCAUGA